AAAAUCGACAGCUCUUUCUCACGCUCCCGGAGCUCGAGUAUAUCCAGUCUCGAGAACAUCACCAUUGAGUCCGUGCUAUACAUCGCUUUCGCGGAGACUUAUUGCACGAAAUCAGACAGCAUAUGUUUGGCCGUAUAUCUAGGCACUGGCAAUAUCGUGGUGUACAGCCUUCCCAGUCUCCGACUGCUGAUUGAUAUCGAUUUUCUGGCGCUGACUGAUGUCAGGAUCGCGCGCACAAUAUGUUUCAGCGCCAACGGGCACGGGAUGUACAUGUCGUCCCCGUCGACGCUCACGAAGUUCACGAUAUUGUCGUCGUUUCGCGACCUCAUGGCCGAUAUGGUGGGCACACUGUUCACGGCCGCCAAAGAGCUCCCGGAGCCGCCAAAACCGACGUUCCUGAAGAGCCUGUUCGGCGGCGGCACCAGUAGUCUCGAUCGGGAGGAGCUGUUCGGCGAGAGCAGCGCGGGAAAGCCGUCGAAAACGACUGCCCGUCACAUCCCGGGCACCUCUGCCGGCAUGGAGCAGAUGAAGGCGCAGACGGGGACUAUGGCUGCAGAGAUGGCCAGACUUAGAGAGGGCCUGUCGGAAAGGGGUGAGAAAGUGGCUCAACUCGAGGACCGGACGGCUCGCAUGGCAUCAGAGGCCGAGUCUUUCGGAUCGGCCGCCCAUAACGGUUUAGCCCUAGGAAUUGAGUAUUACAUCAAAUUAGAACCGGAACUCAUACUCAAUAUAACCAAAAUCUAUCUCCAAUUCUCUCCUAACGAGCCCAUCAUUUUGGGACAGCCUUUACCACCAUCUCUAAGACAAGCAAAAGAUAUUUUGCAGCCAUUAGUGAACGCCUGUCCCACACAGAAAGAGCCGCUAUAUUUGAUGGCAAAAGUGAAAUACUUGAGCGGAGAUAUUCAGGCGGCUAUCAGUCUAUUGCAGAAAUGUCUGGACCAAAAUCCAUCGUUCAGUGACGGACAUCUUCUUAUGGCACAGAUAUCCAUACAUUAUGGCAAUUAUCAGACGGCCUCAAAGAGUCUGGAAGUGGCGCUUAGCCAUAACUUUAAUACGGAGGGCUCGAAACUGUUGAAUGAUUUACUGGAGGACUGUAGGGACACACCGGACGAGGGGAGGAUUAUGAUAGCAAACGCUCAGUUGGCAGAGGCCAGGGGUGACAUC